GAACAUGAUUUGCAAAUCAUUGUAUUCUGUUUUAUUUAUGUCUAACACAACGCCCCAACUUAAUUGGAAUUGGGGUUUUACAAGAAAGAGGCUCGACGAAGUAGCAGCUAUUUCGUCGUCGUGGUAUUUCAUUAAAUUCGUGCGGGCUGUGGUUUCCGUGCGUUCAGCCGAAAAUCACACGGCAAGAGCGGCUUCAUUCUUUACUAUUUUGAAGCGUCAAAUUUUUUUAAUCAUUUGUAUUUGCAAGGGUCGUUAACACAGUCAACCCCGAAGAUUUAUUUUCACUUCACAGGGACUUUAAAAAAAAUCUAAAUGUUUGCAUAUAAUUUUGGGCGACUAUAACGUAGUUAUAUUUUGUCUUCUGGGUGUCGUCGGAGGAUGGGAAAGACACAAGAGGAUGUAAGCGACCGGAGCAGGUGAUCACUUGACAUUUUCCAUCCAGUUUGCUCGCUUAAGCUUGUUCUUCCCCGGACCUCGACACGACGCGCAGGACUCGCGGCUGCUGUUGUGUUUCAGAAACAGAAAGGUGUGACGUUUAGCAAGACAAUUCCUGUGCCUGCGUGUGACCAUCCCGGCGCUGCUUUGGCAGCCCUGUGGUUGAAUGCUGGACAUGUACGGGCUUUAAUUGUAAAGCAAUAACGUCAAUAGUGAGGCAUUGUUCCGAACCAGUUGUGCCGGUUGGGCACCUUCUUCUUCUCCUCCCCACCCGUGGAAACCGAUUGUGACCGAGAAGGACGACGACCGCGACACUUGAGCUCUUAAAAACGGGUUCCUGUUCGCGCAGUUGUCGCAAAAUGCACCAGCAUCGGAGCAACGCACCCAUUUGAUCAAAACAACUGGGGGCGUAGAAAGGUCAAAGCUGUGACCUAAUUUGAUAGACAAGUCAGCAACAGAAGUGGGCCUCAUAUUUUUCACCCAGUAUACACAGUAGUCUUGUCCCUUAAAUGUUUUAUUUAAAGAUAGCACAGGCUGAGUGUGUGGGACCCACGAUCAAGAAGAAUGGCCAUGCACAGUCCAUCCCCUGAAGUAGGGUCAGGGUACCCUGACGGGUUCGCGGUAACUAAAGAUGCCACUCCCGAGACAACGCUGGGCAGUGCCUAUUCUCCGGUGGACUACAUGAGCAUCACAAGCUUCCCCAGGCUGCCAGAGGACGAAGUGACGCAGGGGGACAACAACGUUGUCAAAUCUCGCAAAAAUGAUGACAACAACUUGGGCGAGCAAGAGACUGACCCAGAUGUGUUUUUGAAGUCUGCACGUCUCCAGCGUCUCCCGUCCUUGACGUCUGACCUGGCCUACCACGACGCCGUGUCCUUGAGGGAGACCACCCGAGACCCUUUUACGCAAGAUUGUGCUUGCCAGCGGGACGGGUUGACAGUCAUCAUCACAGCCUGUCUCACCUUUGCCACGGGCGUCACUGUUGCUCUCAUCAUGCAGAUCUACUUUGGAGACCCCCAGGUCUUUCACCAAGGAGCGGUGGUGACAGAUGUGGCACGGUGUACAUCCCUUGGGUUUGAAGUUUUGGGGAAGCAGGGGUCCAGUGUUGACGCUGCCAUCGCUGCUGCCUUCUGUUUGGGCAUUGUACACCCUCAUACCUCAGGUUUAGGAGGAGGGGGAGUUAUGUUGGUGCACGAUAUCCGGAAAAACGAGACAAGGGUCAUUGACUUCCGAGAAACAGCGCCAGCUGCCAUUCGGGAAGAGUUACUUCAAACAAACCUUGAUCUCAAUCCUGGUCUGCUUGUUGGAGUACCAGGAAUGCUCAGUGGGAUGCAUCAGGCACACCAACUUUAUGGCAAAAUAACAUGGAAGGAAGUGAUUACCAUGGCAGCAGACGUGGCCAGAAAUGGAUUUAAUGUCACUCAUGAGUUAGCUGAAGCGCUUGCUAAUGUUAAGGACCAGAACAUUUCGGAUGCAUUUCGGGAUCUGUUCCUCCCCAAUGGUCAGGCUCCCCUCUCUGGGUUGUUGAGCAGACGACUGGAUUUGGCCAGUUUCCUGGAUGCUGUCGCAGUUAAAGGGAUAUCAGAGUUCUACAGUGGAAACCUGACACAGGAAAUUGCUUCUACGGUGCAAGCAAGUGGUGGGGUGUUAACAGAAGAUGACUUUGGUAACUACAGCACAGUCCUACAGCAACCAGAACACAUCAACUAUCAGGGACACCAUGUGAUGGUGGCGCCAGCGCCUCAUGCAGGUGUUGGCCUGAUCGCAGCACUCAAUAUCCUGGAAGGUUACAACAUUACCAACCAGGUGCCCAGGAACAACACGUAUCACUGGACUGCAGAGUCUGUGAAAAUCGCUCUGGCUCUGGUGAGUGGCCUCGGGGACCCCAUGUAUGACACUUCAGUCUCAGAGAUGGUCACCAAGAUGUUGAGCAAACAACAAGCAUCCUCGCUCCGCCAAAUGAUCAACGACUUUCAGGCCUUUCCUGCCAGCCAUUAUGCGCCCUCGUUUAGUUUGGAGGACGGUGCAGCAGCUGCCCAGGUCAUGGUGAUGGGCCCAGAUGACCACAUUGUCUCAGUUGUAAGCUCCCUAAAUAAACCAUUUGGCAGUCGGAUAGUGACUCCUUCUGGAAUCCUGUUGAACAGCCAAAUAAUGGCCUUUUCCUGGCCUAACAAAACCCAAAGCUUCACACCUAAUCCUCAUAACACCCUCCAGCCUGGGAAAAGGCCGUUGUCCUUCCUGAUGCCCACUGCAGUGAGGCCAUCUAAUGGGUUUUGCGGUACAUACAUUGCGGUUGGAUCCUCCAAUGGAGCGAAAGCUCUUAGUGGCAUCACACAGGUGCUGCUGAAUGUUUUGUCCUCACGUAAAAACAUGAGUGAUAGUUUAGCAUAUGGUAGACUCCACGCACAGCUGGAGCCAGACAUCCUACUCGUGGACUCUGAAUUUCUAGAUGAAGAUGUUGAGAUGCUGCAGGCCAAAGGUCACAAGAUUGAGAGAACAGAUGUUUUGUCAUUGGUGGAGGGGACCCGGAGAAGUAAUGACCUUAUUAUUGGAGUGGCGGACCCCCGUAGUGCUGAUGCCUCAGCCCUCACAAUGUCCAGGACUUAGCAGUUGUCCUAAAACACUGCCGCUGAUUAAUUUGGACACUGAACAAGUUGAAUAGCUAUGUACUGUUCCCAGCGAAACCAAACUACACAGAUGUGCAGUUUGAGAUCAUUUUGGACCUGUUGCGAGACAGAUUAUUUUAAGGCAACAGUCGAAGAGACCAUUGUUGGCACACCUAUCACAGUGGAAUACCAUCUGUUCUCCCCCACACAAUGACAUUCAUCAAUGUCUGCUAGGCGGAUACUACAAAGAAAAAUGCAUGUAUCCAAUUAGAUUCAGACCAAUACAUUUAAUCUGAAAUUCAUCUCAGACUGCAGAAAAUAAAUGUGUAAUUUUGCAGAUAUGAAACAUUUUGCGAACAGGCUUCUUUGAAACCGCAUGAGCCUCUCUCUCUCUCUCUCUCGCUCGCUCUCUCUCUAUAUAUAUAUAUAUCCAUCCAUCCAUCCAUUUUCUGAGCCGCUUCUCCUCACUAGGGUCGCGGGCGUGCUGGAGCCUAUCCCAGCUGUCACCGGGCAGGAGGCGGGGUACACCCUGAACUGGUUGCCAGCCAAUCGCAGGGCACAUAGAAACAACCAACCAUUCGCACUCACAUUCACACCUAUGGGCAAUUUAGAGUCUCCAAUUAAUGCAUGUUUUUGGGAUGUGGGAGGAAACCGGAGUGCCCGGAGAAAACCCACGCAGGCACGGGGAGAACAUGCAAACUCCACACAUUGAACCCGGGUCCUCAGAACUGUGAGGCUGAUGCUCUAACCAGUCGGCCACCGUGCCGCCUUCAUAUAUAUAUAUAUAUUUUUUAUAUAUAUACAUAUAUACAUAUAUAUAUAUAUAUAUAUAUAUAUAUAUAUAUAUAUACAUAUACAUAUAUAUAUAUAUAUAUAUAUACAUAUAUAUAUAUAUAUAUAUAUAUAUACACACACACACACACACACACACAACAUUGAUGCUGUCCAAUGCUCCUCCCUGUCUUUGACUAUUCUUUUUAAAAGUAUUUGACCCCUUGAGAUGCUAAAGAAGCUAAUAGGUUUUUGUUUUUUUGUUUUUUUUAAAGCCAAGCGGUUCAGAAUUGUUGCACCAUCGGUUGAACACACUAAAUACAACCCUACACUUCUGCUUGUUACAGUGCUGUGUAACAUUGGUUCGUUGUUUGACUCACAGAAUUAACAGAAAAUUUUAAUUCAAACAAGUUACUAUAUGUAGAUGUACACUUUUUUUUUUUUCAGUCUAUGCGACCAGAGAUGAUAUUUAUGUUUUACAAUUAUUUCAGGUUCCAUACUUGAAGUUAGAAUCAACACCUGUUGUAAAUUUCUUUCAAGUGGUUUUAUAUUAGUGUGCACUGGUGAUCAACUUAAAUUGUGCAAUAUGGCUUUGUUGCUUGUUAUGUUCUGGAGAGUGCCACACACUCAUUUGAACAAUAGUUCAAUGAUUUUUGUGUGAUUUUAUUGUUUAUACAGAUAAACAAUCAAUCAUUCUGAUAAUAAUAAAAUUGCAUGUGUGUCAUUUACAUAUAUUUUACAUAUAGUUAACAAUGAUUCUGUAGUUUUCUGUUCUGAAGAUUCUUUUGUGAACAUUCCUGAAAACUUGUGUACAGUAUGUUUUGUACAUUGACACAUUACUAUUAUUUCGUUUACAUUGAUGAUUUAGCACCUUUGAAUAAUAUCCAUAUAACAAUUAAAUGCUCAUGCAAACG